CGCAGAUGGCGUAGAUCGAAAAUGGGCGGAGACGAGUGUUUGAUUGACAUGCUGGCUGUCGAGCCCUAUAGGAUGUGUAUAAGCCAUGGAGGAUAUUACGGCGAUGGGUUGAACGCCAUAAUAGUAUUCGCGGCCUGCUACCUGCCGCCCAGGAAUCUUCCAAACUACGUCUACGUAAUGGACCACCUCUUUCUGUACAUAAUGAAUACGCUGGAACUACUGGUAACAGAUGAAUACAAGUUAAUUUAUUUUCACGGAACGCUCCAACACUCUAACCUGCCCACCAACGCUUGGCUGAAAAAAUGCUACCAAGCGAUUGACAGAAACUCCAAGUUCUCGAAAAAAUUGACAUACGUAAAAUCACUGUACGACCUGAGUAGGCACAUCACUACUAAUGACGUCAUGAUACCGGAAGAUGUUAACAGG